AUGAAAAAUGGACAUAAGCGAGGAUCACUCAUGCAGAAAUAUAUCAAAAUAUUCGUUGUCGUCUUUCUAUACUGGUUUUUUUCAAUAGGCCUCGUGUUUCUGAACAAGUAUUUGCUAAGCAGUGAUUCACUUAAGCUCAAUGCACCAUUGCUUGUAACCUGGUAUCAGUGCUUUGUGACAGUGUUGUUGUGUUGUGUUUUUUGUUGGGUUUCUAAACUAUAUCCAUCAUUGAUUACAUUUCCAUCCAUACGAUUUGAUCACCGGAUUUCGAGAGAGGUGUUACCGCUUUCAUUUGUGUUUGUUGCUAUGAUAGCUACCAAUAAUCUUUGUUUAAAAUAUGUUGGUGUCUCAUUUUAUUAUAUUGGAAGGUCGCUUACUACUAUUUUCAAUGUGAUAUUUUCAUAUAUCAUUUUGGGACAGCUAACGUCACUAAAAACGAUUCUGUGCUGCUCAUUAAUUAUUGGUGGUUUUCUUCUUGGUGUGGAUCAGGAAGAUGCCGCGGGAACUUUAUCCAUCAGUGGUGUUAUCUUUGGAAUAGCAGCGUCCAUGUUUGUUGCCCUGAAUGCCAUUUAUACACAGCGGACUCUUCCAUCGGUUGGCGACAGUAUUGUGCAGCUCACCUUGUACAACAACAUAAAUGCACUAGUGUUAUUCCUACCUAUCAUAUUGUUCACUGGUGAUAUCAGUGAAGUGUUUUAUUUCCAUUAUUUAACCUCCUUUCGAUUCUGGACUUUGAUGACGUUGUCUGGUAUUUUUGGUUUCUUAAUGAGCUAUAUUGCUGGAUGGCAGAUUCAGGUAACAUCGCCUUUAACACAUAAUAUCAGUGGCACAGCGAAAGCGGCAGCGCAAACUGUUAUUGCAGUUGUAUGGUGGCACGAAAUGAAACCAUUGCUUUGGUGGGUAAGUAAUGCAGUUGUUCUCAGCGGCUCGGCUAUGUAUGCAAUGGUUAAACGAAAAGAAAUGACUGAUAAGCAUGAGGCUAAUAAAUCUAAAUUGAAUAGAAGUAUGGAGCAACAAUUUGUACCGUCCCGUUUCAGUGACGAUGAUGAAACAGUGUAA